AUGUCUAAAUCUUGUGGUUCAUGUGCAAAGGUUAAUGCAGUGACUGCAAGGUUUUGUGUGUCGUGUGGUAAUAGCUUGGGGACUACUACGAGUAGUAGUAGCCCUGCAAAGACUGCUACCACUACAGCUGGUGGUCCUGCAAAGACUGCUACCACCACAACGAGUCCUGCAAAGACUACUACUACCACAGCUAGUCCUGCAAAGACUACUGGUACUACAGUAACUUCAAAAUCAACAUUAAAACUUGCACCUGUAAUAUCAUCAACGGCAUCUACUAGUAGUAGUGGUGCUAAUGGAGCAGCAUCCAAGCCACUACCAACUCCACCACCUACGACAGGUAGUAGUAGUACUACUACCACUACAACUGCACCACUUGUAUCAUCUGGUUCUGGUGGACGAGGUUCUACUUUAAGAAUCAAUAAGACAACACCACCAACUACAACUACAACUACAACAACAACACCUGUAACAUCAACAUCUAGAUCAUUUUCAGUAUCAUAUAAAACACCUCCAUCACUUGGUUCAUCUGGAACGACGACGACCACUACAAGUACUUCAGCAGCUCCAACCAUACCAAAUAGAGGAGGUACUUUGAGACCUGCUCCAAAACCACCUGUCACUACAACAACAACUCCAUCAACAACAACAACGACAACAACACCAUCAGAAUCAUUCUUGGCUGUAAAGUUAAAAGAAACAAAGAUUGAUGGUGCUGGUGCUAACGGUGGUAAUAGACCAAAAUCUCAUACCAUAUCAUCGGCAAGUGUUGAUAGUAAACCAAUGGUUACACCUGGAGGAUCAUUUGUAAAGAAUGCAAUCAAGAGUAGAGAUACACUCGAUCACAAGGUGCAGUCAGAGGUCAAGGUGAUUAAUGGAGACAUGCAUGCACCAGUUGUCAAACCAAUGCCAACACCUCCAACCACAAAUGGUCAUAGUGUACACGUAACAUCACCAAAGUCAUUGACAAUGGGUGCACAAAAGGAUAGGGAUCACACUGUCAUUCAUAAAAAGUCAGUAUCUGCACCUCCUGCACCACCACCUCCUACUUCACAUCAUUCAUCUUCAUCUUCAUCUUCUUCCUCUUCAUUGGCUCCACCAGAAUUACCAAAGAAACCAGCACAUUUAAAGACACAAAACUCAAUGGAUAAUUUACAAAAGUUGGAAAAGGAAAAGUUUGAUCGAUCACAAGCAGAGCGCGAGAAACAAGAUAUGGAAAAACAACGAUUGGAUCGUGAACGAGAUGAAAGAGAUAGGGAGAAACUACGUCUUAUUGAAAAAGAGAGAAAGGAAAAGGUGGAACGCGAAAGAUUAAAGAUGCAACACGAAAAAGAAGAAAGAGACAAGGAAAAGAUAGCUGAAAAGGAACGAGCCAAAGCAGAAAGACAACUACAAAAGGAAAAAGAUCGAGAGGAAAAGGGUGUAAAGGCCAAACAAGACAAGGAAGAAAGAGAAAAGGAAAAGUUACGAAAACAACAAGAAAAGGAAAGAAAACUACAAGAACGAGAAGAGGUGGCCAACGAACGCGAGAGAUCAGAUUCCAUUUCAAUUAGAUUAUCGGGUAGUAACAAUAGUAUAGACACUGCCAUUACCAAUAGUAAUAGCCAUAGUUCAUCGUCGUUGAAUCACAGCAAUGUAUCUGAUGACGAGGAUAUUCCAUCGUCUCCCAAAUUGACAUUCUCAGAUGUACGAAACAAAGAUUUGGAAAAGAAGAAAAAGGAGAGAGAAAAGUAUAAUACUAGUCCUGCACAUGGACGUUCUCGAUUCUUUAGUUUUAUCCUAGGUGACAAAGAUAAAGAGUAUAAUCCAUCAUCUGAUGAAUUUGUCAUUUCUUCACCUUCUUUGCAGAAUUCAGGAGGAGGCGACAGACCAUCCACUCCAGUCACAUUUGCAGCUGGCGAUGAAGCUCAUGCAAGUGGUGAUGAAUGUGAUUCUUCUCAAGGUGGUGGCCCACAACUAAGAAAAUGGGCAAUCAAAAGAAAUGAACACCAAAAAUCCGAAAAGGAUCUAUUGGCAAGUUCUGCCUCGAUGGCACCAUCCUCACCUUCCCAACAAUCAGUUCUCAUUGCAACCAAUAGAAUCAGUCAAAUCUAUGAAGAGAAUGGUAGUCCUGCCGGAGGCAGCAGUCCAGCCACAGUUUCCAUCAGCCACUCUAAUUCACCAAGCCAAUCCUCCUUUGUUCUUGGCAGUUCCCGUCUAUCUGUACCCCAACCACCACCCGACCUCCCCGCUCUUCCACCAGCAACCGAUCAACGUUCACGUGUUGUUUCCGAAUUUAUCGUUACAGAGGCCGAUUACAUUAGAGACUUGGAAAUCAUGGUGUGGUUGAGAAAGGAACUCGUCCACCAAGACGAACAAUCCAAAAACAGCUCAAUCGAUGAAAUCAAUGCAUUGUUUAGUAAUGUCGAACAAUUAAUCAUGGUAAACAAAAUGUUAUAUAGCGAAUUUUGUAAACCUCCUCCUGAUACCAAUGAUUUUGGUGAAGCCAUUGCUAUUGCUUUAGCUUCAAUGUCUGAAUUUUUAAAAUCCUAUUUUGUAUAUUGUAGUAAUCAAACCAAAGCAUUGUCAACCUUUACCAACCUUAGAGGAAAAAAUUGUAGUUAUUUGGGUUAUUUAUUAUCUCGAAGAGAAUGUAGAUCUUUACCAUUUGAUAGCUUUUUAAUUAAACCUAUCCAACGUGCUUGCAAAUAUCCACUUUUAAUUAGAGAAUUAUUAAAAUCAACACCAGAAAAUCAUAAAUCUUAUUCAAUGUUAAAGGUGGCACAGACAAAAAUUGAAUCAAUUGUAGCAACAAUCAAUGAAAAGAAGAGAGAGUUUGAUGGACAAAUGAGAAUGUAUGAAAUCCAAAGCAGAUUUGUAGAAAGUGAUAUUGAAAUGGAAAAGACCAUUCUAGCACCAUCACGUAAACUUGCCAAGGAAGGUGUGAUUGAUUCGAUGGGAUAUUUUAUUCCAGGCAAUACAUCUACUCAGUACUAUAAAAAGGCCAAAGAGGGUUGUUACUUUUUGUUUAACGAUCUUUUGAUUUGGGGUACACCCAACAAGAGUGGAGGCAUCAUGACUGACGUACCAUCUGCCACCGAUCCAAAUUGCCCAUUAAAACUAAGAGCCUAUAUACCAUUGGAUUCAUGUAUUAUUAGAGAUGUUCCAACAGAUCCAAAUGCUUUUGAAAUCAUUUAUUCAAAUAAAGAAGUUUGGAUGUUUAUUCUUGAUGAUGAGGAAACUAGAAUAUCAUUGUACAAUGAAAUCGAUCAACUUAUAGAAACCAAUCUUAAGAAUGAAUACAAGAAAUUUGUAGAACAAAAAGAAAAGGAGGAUUUGGAGAAUCAAAAGAACAAUGCAAACAACAACACCAAAGACAACAACAACAAGGAUCAACCUUUGGUUGUCGAGACAUACGAAGACUGGAAAUUAUUGGUCAGAAAUAAGCCUCUACCAGAGGUCCCCAAACUUCCUUCACUGCCUCCUCUACCAGAUUUAGCAUCCUCUUCCUCUUCAUUAUCAACUGAAUAA